CUUGGAUGGGGUGGGCCCGAGCUCCUUUAAAUUCCCCAGGACAAUAAUAACGGGCACGUAGCGGUGAUGCCCUUUAGGAUCUUAUUUCCCCCUCUUCACUUACCAGGACUAAACUGCGACUUUUUUGUUCCCCACAAGCAUUGAGAUGGCAUCGGGAAAAUCUACAAUUGAUCUCGGCACUGUCCUGGUGGUCGGUGGCUGCGGUUUUCUAGGAUGGCAUAUUGUCGACCAGUUGCUCAACUUCCCUUCUGAAAACGACCCCAGCGCAGCAAUCCCCAAACUACGAGGAGAUUCCCGAUUUGAUUACCCCCUGCUGAGCGGUCGGUAUCCGAACUAUAAGGCCAAGGUUGCGGUGGUGGACCUGCGGACGACUACGAAUCGGUUGCCAGGUGCGGACUAUUAUGAUGGCGACAUUACCUCCGUGGAAUCGAUGCUGAGUGUCUUCCGCGCCGUCAAGCCGGACGUGGUCAUCCAUACUGCCUCGCCGUCCAUGCUGGAUGGAAAUAAGGCGCUGUUACACAAGGUCAAUGUCGAUGGUACCCGGACGCUGCUUGAGGUGGCAGGUGGUGCCCACAGUGACUGGGGUGGGAAGUGCAAGGCGUUUGUGUACACCAGCUCGAGCUCCGUAGUUCACGAUACGCAGAGUGACCUGAUCAAUGUCAACGAGGAAUGGCCUUACAUCAGAGGAAAGCUGCAGAAGGAAUACUACUCGGAGACCAAGGCCGACGCAGAGGAGCUCGUCCUGAAGUACAACCGUGCCUCUCCUUCCUCAAUGUUGACAUGCGCCAUUCGCCCAGCGGGUAUUUACGGUGAAAAGGAUACCACUAUUACGCAAAAAAUGCUUGAACACGCGGCCACGGCCUCUCCUUUUGUCCUCCGCAUGCAGCUCGGCGACAAUGAGAACCUCUUCGACUUCACAUAUGUUGGAAAUAUCGCAUACGGCCACACCCUGGCUGCACAACAUUUAUUGGCUACCUAUGCCCGCCAGGAGAAGGGACUGGGUGCACCACUGGACCACGAACGAGUAGAUGGGGAGGCGUUCAACAUCACAAACGACUCCCCCAUCUAUUUCUGGGACAUGACGCGCGCCAUCUGUGCCCUCACCGGCAAGAUCGUCGAACCGGAUCAAGUGAUAGUGCUUCCGGAGUCGCUCCUUGGCCCGAUCGGUUUCCUUGCGGAGACUAUUCUAGGCAUCUUCGGGAAGACACCACGGUUGACUAGGCGUGCCGUACGAUACUCGUGCAUGACGCGGUAUUAUUCUCCCAACAAAGCCAAGACACGGCUAGGAUAUAUGCCCCUCGUGGCGGUGGACGAGGGUGUUGCGAGAGCGGUGGGAUAUGUUUUGGCAAGCGAACAGUCGGUUGGGGAGAAGAAGGCGUUGUAGACUGGGAGGAUUGGAUGGAUGGCAUGACACAGUCUCGCAUGCCUGCUGUGUCGUUAUACACGGUGUGUACGUGUAUUAUGUAUGACUGCCCUACUAACUAAUAAUUCCUUAUCGAUACUUUUCUUUAUUUCUGCUGAAUAUUUGUCUGGUUAUUCUUGAUAAAAAAUAUUCCUGAUCGGUGAGAUCACUUCUGAUUAAUUAUGGAAGAUGGUUUUGUGAUCAAAGCUCUUCAGCCGGCUUUAAUAUUGGGUUGAUUGGUAGGUAUACUUGAAGACGUCUCAACUUUCUCCCUUCAUACGUUCUUCUCGGCCAGAAUGACUUGUCGGGUAUUUUCCGGCGAGUUUCUGUCUGAAAAGGCAUUCCUCUUUCUCUUCUCAUUUCACGAAAAGAUGCCGCUGUUCCAUGGGAAGACCGUGUCGUUGCGGUUAAAUGUCAUUGAAAACAACCACCGGCUACCGCCAUAACUCUUGCAUCUCCACAUUCCUUUUUCAGUCAGUCCUUCAUUUCUACAGAUCAUGGUACUUCUGCUCUCUUUGCUGAUUUCCUUGGCGUUGUCUACUGUGGGGUCCUACAUUCA